AUGGCCACAGUCACUUCCAGAGAUAUUCAAGAGAUCGUAUUGAAGCUCUCGUCCGAUAAAGCCAAAGCUCGAGAAGAAGGGAUUAAAUUGUUGAGUACCUGGCUAGAAGGGGAAAGAUCGGUCGGAUUUUGUAAAUAUAUCCGACAGAACACUGCAAUGCUUAAGCCUAAUGAGAUACCUCACUCUGAAACGUGGCCCUUUCUCAUUCCAUUACUCACUAAAUGUGUGUCCUUGGAGAUAUCUGCGAGCAAGCGUCGUGUGCCCAAGUUAAUUUUUGCAAAGACUCUUCGAAUUGUAGUUCAGCGAGCAGAGGAUGCUAAGUUUUCUGGCAAGGGUAUGCUUCUAUUACCUGUGGCUAAACUUCUUUUCAACCACAUCUGGGAUGUUCUAAAGGAUGUCCCAAGUUUUCAGUCUGAGUACGGGAUUAUUCUCCGGCAUCUUUUGGCCUUAAGACACUAUCAAUUUCACAUGAGGAAGCGAGUCUACUGUAGUCUGGUGCUUCUAUACAUGGAAAAGGUGGAAACAAACUUGAGUGGGGAAAGUAGUGCCCAAUUGAAUCCCAAAGAGGAGGUCUUUCGCUGUAUGCUGACGCUGCAUUCGCUUCUUGAAAAUCCUCCUGGAGAUUUUCCUGAUGAUCUACGAGAUGACAUUGUCAAGGGAUUUGUUGGAAUUUUAUCUUAUGUAAGGGAUGAAGGAAAGAUUUCACGCAAGCUAAUUGAGUGCAUCAACACAUAUUUGUUGAGGGAUGGGCCGAAUUUGGGUGGUCAGUCGCUAGAAAUCCAUGAUGUUGUGAAGCAAUUUCUGUUCCGUUGUUGGAUAACCACACAUGACCGAAGUUUAAAGGAUUCCCUUGUAUUGUAUGCAAGGUUACAGUUGAAUUUAACCAGGGGUGCUUCUGAUGGGAGUGCUCUGUUGGAGCAGCUUCUGGAUGUAAUAGGCAAGGAACUAGAUCAAAUCAGUACUUCUUGUACCAAUGCACCCUGGAGUGAGACAACCAGGGAUGACAAGGGCGGAACCUUGACAAGCUCACAGUAUGGUCUGGUGGAACUUGCUGCCCUUGUCUUUUGUCGGGCAUGCAUCAAUACAUUAAAACCACCACAACAUGAAAAAAGAGCCAGGACAGAGCAUGCUGCUGUUUACAUAAAGGAAGGUCUGGCAAAAGGGAAAUGGUUAUGGUAA